AUGGCCGGGCCUGAAGAUGCUGCCAAUUUCGGCGUCUGGGACUACGUGGUGUUUGGCUGCAUGCUGCUCAUCUCGUUGGGCAUCGGUUUCUUCUACGGCUGCACCGGCGGCAAGCAGCAGACCGCGGCCGAGUUCCUCCUGGCCGACCGCAACAUGAACCCCAUCCCCGUAGCCAUGUCGCUGGUGGCUAGCUUCAUCUCAGCCAUCACGGUGCUGGGCACGCCGGCCGAAGUCUACAUUUUCGGUAGCAUGUUCUGGUUGUUUUGCUUCUCCUACCCAGUGGUCGGUUUAGCAGUGUCUCGCCUGUUCAUCCCAGUGUUUUUUAGGCUGAACGUGACAAGUGCAAAUGAGUACCUCGAGUUACGCUUCAACAAAGCGGUUCGCGUUUCUGCCACGAUCACAUUUUUCCUGAAUAUGGUUUUCUACAUGGGGUUAGUUAUCUAUGCUCCAGCCUUGGCAUUCAAUGCAGUUACUGACGUGAGCCUGUGGGGGUCUGUUCUAGCAACGGGACUCGUCUGUACCCUCUACACGACAGUUGGUGGGAUGAAGGCUGUGCUGUGGACCGACGUGUUUCAGACGUGCGUGAUGUUUGGGGGAUUCAUAGCUGUCAUCAUUGAGGGAACCAUGCGGCUGGGCGGACUCGGCAACGUCUGGCGAAUUGCAGAGGAAGGGGGCCGCAUCGACUUCUGGAAUUUCAGCUUCGACCCAACCAUUCGCCACACGUUCUGGUCCAUUGUUAUCGGGGGAAGCUUCACAUGGUCGACUAGUUACGGCGUAAAUCAAGCCCAGGUGCAGCGCUAUAUCACGACGGGAAGCGUCAAAAGAGCCUGGGUCGCUUUAGGCUUGGCGGGUGCGGGAAUGGUCAUUGUCGGUUCGGUUUCCUGUCUCUCCGGACUUGUCAUGUAUUCUUUUUACGCGGACAGGCAGUGCGAUCCUCUUACCAGCGGAAAAAUCUCACAAACAGACCAGUUAAUUCCUUACUUCAUGAUGGACCUGUUUGGGCGCAUCCCCGGCCUUCCAGGAUUCUUCACUUCGGCCGUCUUUAGCGCCGCACUGAGUACUGUUUCUUCUGGACUAAACGCUCUCGCCGCGGUGACGGCUGAGGAUCUGGUCAAGCCAUGUUUUCCCCACAUCAGUGAGGAGCGGUACGCGCUGGCAACCAAGGGCAUCGCAUUUGGAUUCGGCCUACUGUGCGUGCUGCUCGCAUACAUAACCUCGUUGCUCAGCCAAGGCAUAUUACAGUUGGCACUGAGCCUCUUCGGUAUGACUGGAGGUCCGCUGCUUGGUCUGUUCAGUCUGGGGAUGUUCUUCCCCUGGACAAAUUCAAAGGGUGCGAUCGUAGGACUUUUAGCAGGCCUAACUUUCGCCUUUUGGGUCGGCAUAGGGGCCAUUAUUUAUCCGCCAAGCAUCUACAGACCUCCGCUAACCAUCGAAGGAUGCAACCUGACCACGUCCAUCACGACACCCAGCCCACUUCUGAUGACGACAACAACUAUCGCUCCAGAAACUUCACCCAUUGGUGAAUUAUACUCACUCUCGUACGCCUGGUAUGCUUGUGCCUUCUGGCUGGUGACCGUUGUCGUUGGAUUAUUAGUCAGUUUUCUGACAGGUGCUACCAAGAGGCAAGACAUCGACCCUGUCCUUCGGUCUCAUUGCGUGGACGGUGUGUACUGCUGCCUCCCAGAAGUGAUUAAGAAGCCACUGCGAUGCGGAGACGAGAAACCGGAUUACACAGAGAAGGACCAAGGGGCAGAGAUCGUUGAGGUCAAACCUGGUUUGACCACUUACGCCGCGGACAUCGACAAUGAUGACGUUGGCAAGGCCACCUUUGCCACUGAGCACCAGAGCGGCACUGGCACAGAAAACGGCUUGGACAAUGAGGUCUUCACAUCCCUGUAA